AGUGUUACUUGUCAGAGGUAAAUGUCAGUCGUAUUGUCAUGCAGAAUUUUUGACAAUAGACCUAACCUAAUAAUCAUCGAGGAAAAUUCUAACUUAACAUUAUACUUUAUAUUUUUAAAAUAUACAAGAAUUACUAUAUAACUAAAAUUAAAUGAGAAUGACUAAAUUAAUGGAAUGGAUACUUGUUGGACUUCUUGUACUUAGUUCAUGGAUAGCAGUACUCAUUGGAAAACCUAACUAUGCAAAUUUGAAUUGGUACUAUAAAUGGUUUCCAGUUAUCUUUAUAUUUCUUUUUGCUGUUUAUGCCGUAAUUACUGUAUUAUAUAGAGUGUUUACCUUUAAUAAUUGUAAAGCUGCUGCCAUUGAGCUUCAAAAUCAAAUUAAAGAAGCAAGGGCUGAUCUCGAGAGUAAGGGUAUCAGUUUCAAAAAACAAUUAUGAUAAUAAUUCUUUAAAAUAAGCUGUAU